GGCACGUGAAGCGGGGCUCACUCUAAGUUGACAACGGGGUGACUCAGGCCGACACAUUAGAUCCGUUUCGCCGGACCGCGAAAUAUUGUGUUCAUGCUCCUCGAUAAAUGUGGAUAAAUACGUAGCCUGUAUCAGGUAUCAGGAGAGCGCUCGUUCGAUCCAUCCCCAUCACGAUCUUCUCCCGAGUCAAGACGGGUAGCUAGCUCCGAAUCACCAAACCACUACGCCUUCCACCACAAGCAAUGUCAGCCAUCGACCCCUCCCGCCCGGACAUCGUCGCGUUCAUGGCCGAUGCCUCAUCCGCACUCGGCCGCGCCCUCCCCGCGCCCAAAGACGUCUUCCACUUCGGCGGCGAGUCCGCGGCGCUGGCCGACCAGCGCCUCCGCCUCGCGGUGCAGGGCAAGAAGUCGGCCACCACGUCCUGGCCGGUGCCGGAGCCGCUGCACUGGGGCGUGGGUGACCUAUCGGUCAUUAUGGACGGCGCGGGGGUGCCGCGGGCUUUGAUGCGGACCACGUCGCUCAUACAAUGCCGGUUCCGCGACGUAGAGGAGGACUUUGGGCUUGCCGAGGCCGAGGGUGACUACGAGGCGUACCGGGCGGGGCAUGUCGCCUUCUAUCGCCGGCAGGAAGGCGGGGAGGCUUUUGGGGAAGACAGCGUCGUGCUUUGCGAGCGGUUUGAGGUCGUUUAUUCGGUGGAAGGGGAGAAACAUGAGGACGGGUUGGGGAAGGGCGUAGGUGAUGUGGAAAAGGGGGAAUGAAUCUUCAACAUUGGGUAUCCUAUAUGAAAGUCGAACGAAAUGAAAGCAAGAUAUUAAGGACGAUAUAAUGUCGGACCCAUCCACCUGCCAACCAAUUAAUGCCCGGUUCAACACAACCAUUUGCAUCCAACGAGAUCACGCCGGUGCGUGCUUAGAGGGCACUGCGGGGCCUGGGGCGUGCUUGGACGGCACUGCGGCAACUGGGGCGU